AUCACCAGGAGCGUAAACAUAAGAGCGUUUCGAAGCUCGCUGCGUGUAAGCUGAAUCGUGUUCAUCAGUAUAUUAGAGGAACUAUAAAGAAUUAAUACUGUAAUAACAUUAUAGUAGUUUAAUAUCCCGUGUUUGCUUUCAAACAUUAGCGACAGCGACAUGUCGGACUUUGUUAUUGUACCGCUGAUCCUGGUGUUGGUGAUCUGUCUGAUCCUGACUGUGGUUGGAUUUGUGUUUUAUACUGGAUUACUCUCGGAUGUGGUGGUUAGGACCGGAUCUCCUCCUGUAAAAAAGAUCACAGUGGCUUAUAAAUUGAAGAAAGGAUCUUAUAAAGAAAGUGGAGCUGCAUUCACUGAGAGCUGCAGUAUUUCUCCUCCACUCUCCUCUAUCGGACUUUAUUAUGAUGAUCCCAAUCAGACUGAAACGAACAGUUGUCGCUAUGCAGUGGGAAGUAUUCUGAGCGAGGAUGAUGAAACUCCUGAUGAAGAGUUGCAGCGCCUAUAUGAGAAGUUUGGAUUCAGGGUCACCUCUUUUCCAGAGGUUUCCUGUGCUGUGACCUCUACAUUUCCUAACCGAUGCUCACUGUCGCCAUUCUGCGGAGCAUACAGAGUCUUCCCUGAGCUAAAUGCCUACAUAACGGAAAGAGGCUUGUCUGCAUACCCCUACAUAGAGAUCUGCAGGGGUGAUCUGAUCCACUACAUGUGUCCACUGGAGAACCAGGAAAGCUUUUUUGUACCCGAGCUCCUCGAGAAGCAAACCGAAAAUGAGGGGGAAAUGAGAGAUGACAAAGACAGUGAUGUCACAAACACAGGUGCAGAAUGCAAGUCUGAGAGCAGUAGAGCUCAGAUGGAGACAGAUGCUAACAGCAGAGAGAUGGCGGAAACCUUCCCUGUGGUGCAGCAGAGUCCACAGCAGGAUGAGGAGGAUGCACAAACUGAAGAGGGGGACAAGGGGUCCAAGGGCUCUAGUGAGUCUCUAGGCAGUGGUUCAUCAUUUGAAGAGCUGGACAUGGAUAUAGAGGAAGAGGAUAAGGAGCAGAUGGAUGACAAGAAGGACCAUGUGGAGGAAAAUACAGCGUGAUAAAGUGGAAAGAAAUGAUGGAUGAAGGAUGUAAGAAAUGAUGCACAAGUGUAAGAAGAAGCUAGUAAAAAUAUUGAGUUCUUUAAUGGCAGGGGGAUGGGGGAAUGUGACUAUUAAUGAAGUACCUUUUGGAAUGUAAGUUCCUU